CCAACCUCUCUCUCUCUCUCUCUCCUUCUCCUCCAUUCAAACGCACAAUGACGCUCUCGCAGUCUUAUCCAAAUGAUUCUCAGUGGCUCCCUUCCCUCCUUCCACUCCCACCACCACCACUACCCUCGCCGUGGCGGCCAUUACGGCCACCUCCGCCGCGUUAGGACAUCUUCACAAGUGUCUCUCGAUUCACCGCCCUCCGAACUUUCUUCACCAGAGCUCAAGAAAACCGGAGUCAUUGUCGUCGGGGCGGGUCUAGCUGGUUUGGCUGCCGCCACCCGGCUCAGCUCCGAGAACGUCCCGUUCCUCCUUCUCGACGCCUCCGAUGGCGUCGGAGGCCGUGUCCGGACCGACGUCGUCGACGGCUUCGUCUUGGACCGCGGCUUCCAGAUCUUCAUCACGGCUUACCCCGAAGCUCGGAGGCUUCUCGACUACCAAGCCCUAGACCUCCGGAAAUUCUACUCAGGUGCCCGGGUCUAUUACGAUGGACGCUUCCACACCGUAGCUGAUCCCUUACGUCACUUCUCCGACUCACUCCAAAGCCUAGCCAAUCCCAUCGGCUCCUUCAUCGACAAACUCCUCAUCGCGUUGACCAGAGUUAGGGUUUUGACAACAUCAGACGAUGAGAUUCUCUCUUCCGACGAGGUUUCCACCCUUGAUUUAUUGAGGAGAAUCGGCUUCUCGGAUUCGAUCAUCGACCGGUUCUUCAGGCAGUUCUUCGGCGGCAUUUUCUUCGACAGAGAGCUCGAGACGACGUCACGGCUGUUCGAUUUCAUUUUCAAGUGUCUCGCUCUCGGCGACAAUACCCUUCCGGCGAAGGGCAUUUCGGCGAUUCCGGAACAAUUGGCCGGAGAAUUGCCCUCCGGAUCAAUAUUGCUGAACACUCGAGUCCUUUCAAUCGACUUCGGGUCUGAAUCGGCGGCAAGUGUGAGGUUGCAGAGUGGAGAGGUUUUGACGAGUGAACUCGGAGUCAUCUUGGCCGUCGAAGAACCAGAAGCCGUCAAGCUUUUGGCGGGAAAAUUGAAUCGCGAACCAGUGCAGAAACCAGUUAGGAGCACGGUUUGUUUGUACUUCACAGCAGACCCGAGCCAAAUCCCGGUUCAGGACCCGGUGCUGUUUCUCAACGGGUCUGGCAAGGGAAUCGUCAAUAACAUGUUCUUUGCCACCAAUGUGGCUCCAACUUAUGGUCCACCCGGGAAGGCUCUGGUGUCGGUGUCACUCAUCGGGUUGUUUGGAGAUGAGUCUGAUGAUACCCUGACGGCUGAGGUUGUUCGUGAGCUCUCUGGUUGGUUCCGAGAAUCCAUGGUUCGGUCGUGGAGCCACUUGAGAACUUACCGAAUCGGGUAUGCGCAACCCAAUCAAAGCCCGCCGACGGACUUGAUGAAGAACCCGAGGGUUAGGUCGGGUUUGUACUUGUGCGGCGAUUAUCAAACCAGUGCUACAUUUGAUGGGGCUCUGGUUUCAGGGAGGAAAGCGGUGGAAGCUCUGCUAAGAGAAAGGGCUACAUCAAUUGUAUAAUCUCAAUGUAAUUGCUUGAAAGUGGUAGCUUCCCUUCUCUCACGCUGUGAUGUUUAUUUGACAUAAUGGGCAGUUGCCAAAGUAGAUGAUCUUGUAUAUGGGUGAGGUAGGGUUCAUUUCGUGUUAGUAGCAAGCUCUUGGCUUUGUUGUCAUGUCCUUGUUCUAAUGAUAUUUUUACGACAUUGGUCUAAAUCUAAGCUUGGUUCGGCUUUAA